AUGGAUGAGGUCUCUCGUUCUCUUCCACAGGCGCCAUUUUUAUCAAAAGAUCUUCAUGAUCUCCAUAAUUUUCACCAUCAACCCUCCAGUCACCAUUUCGUCGGACUAAAACGCGACCGAGAAGAAGACGAAGUUUACCCAAACAACAACCACUCUAACUCCUCCGGUAAAGACCAACAAGAGCACACGACUCCCUCGGGAGAAGGCGAGAAGAUCAACAAGAGAAGGCCGCGUGGCAGACCCGCUGGUUCCAAGAACAAGCCCAAAGCACCGAUCAUUGUCACGCGUGACUCCGGAAACGCUCUUAGAUGCCACGUCUUGGAGAUAACCAGCGGCUGCGACGUAAUGGAAAGCGUAACCGACUUCUCUAGACGCCGUCAGCGUGGCGUUUGCAUACUAACAGGAAACGGCGCCGUCACAAACGUCACCGUUAGACAUCCUGGCGGAUCAGGAGGAGGAUCUAACGUCGUUAAGUUACACGGACGUUUCGAUAUUCUUUCUCUCUCUGGCUCUUUUCUUCCUCCACCAGCUCCACCAGCUGCGUCUGGUUUAACGGUGUACUUAGCCGGUGGUCGGGGUCAAGUGAUCGGAGGCAGCGUUGUGGGACCCCUUAUAGCUUCAGGUCCUGUCGUGAUUAUGGCAGCUUCGUUUGGAAACGCAGCUUACGAGAGGCUGCCAUUAGAAGAGGAGGAGGCGGAGGAGGAAACUGAAAGAGAUAUAGAUGGAAACGCGGCUGGUGCGUGUGGAACGCAAACGCAGAAACAGUCAAUGCAAGAUACGACAUCGGUGAGUCAAGAGUUACCUUCGCAUUUAAUGAACUCUGUUUCAUUGCCAGGUGAAGCUUAUUGGGGAACGCAACGACCAUCUUUCUAG